UUAAUCGAUAUGCAUGAUAAUAUGCCACCCGACCGAUGGCUCAAUGACACUGAAAUUCAUGUUCUUCUCAGUAUAAUAUGCGAUGAAUCAUUUAUACGUUAUCGACUACGUGAAAUCAAUGGUGACCGUUUCAUUGGUGAAAAUUAUCCGGGGUCUAUUCUCAUUGAGUCCACCAAUAAUCAACUUUGGGAAGAAAAUUUGAGAAAAAAAUGUAAUGAAUUGAUAGAAGAUAUUGGUGCUGAAAAAAUGUACAAUUAUUGGAAAGAGUGGUAUGCUGGUUACGAUAGAAACUUUCGUACUAUUCUAUGCCGUGGCGAUGUUGGAAUAUUACGUGAAUGUCGCAGUUUCAAAGACGUAGUUGAAUUACCAGCUCUUGAAGAUGAUGAAGAUGAUGAAGAUGAAGAAGAAGAUUCUGACUAUGGUAUCAAAAUAAAUGCUAAACUUGAAUGUACCUAUGAUUGA